AGGGCGGGCGGAGGAGGCGGGGCUGCGGCCGAGGCUGGGUCUCGGUUGAGGGAUGCCCCGCCUGGUGGCCAGAGGUUGGUCUCGUUUCCCGGCCCGCGAGCUACUGACUGUCCCCGCCAGCUCACCGACGUGACUUUUGAUCUCCGAUCUGUCUCCAAGUGUCUGCCGCCACUUUCAGGCCAGCUGCCGGGUCUUUACUUCUCGGGGUUUGUCUUCAUGUCUUCAGUUAACGUCUCUUCCUGUCCCUCUCUGCUGUCUCCUUCUCCCCAGCCCUGGAGCGACACGGAGGAACUGGGGUCCCGCGCAGAUGUCAAGGAAGAGGUGACACCAUGCUCCUUCAACAGCCCUCUGUUCCAGCAGGAAGACAGGAAUGGGAUUACCUACCGGAUCCCAGCCCUGCUCUAUGUGCCCCCCACCCGCACCUUCCUGGCCUUUGCAGAGAAGCGUUCCACAAGCAGGGAUGUGGAUGCUCUCCACCUGGUGCUGAGAAGAGGGUUGAGGACUGGACACUCAGUACAGUGGGGUCCCAUGGAGCCACUGAUGGAAGCCACGUUGCCUGGGCAUCGGACCAUGAACCCUUGUCCUCUUUGGGAGCAGAAGAGUGGCUGUGUGUACCUGUUCUUCAUCUGCGUGCAGGACCACAUCACUGAGUUUCACCAGAUUGUGUCAGGCAGGAAUGCUGCCCGCCUCUGCCUCAUCUGCAGCCAGGAUGCUGGAUGCUCAUGGAGUGAAGUAAGAGACUUGACUGAGGAGGUCAUUGGUUCAGAUAUGGAGCAAUGGGCCACGUUUGCUGUGGGUCCAGGUCAUGGCAUCCAGCUACAGUCAGGGAGGCUGAUCAUCCCUGCAUAUGCCUACUGCUUCUCUCACCGGUUCUUUUGCUUCCCGCUGACAUGCAAAGCCAGACCUCAUUCCCUGAUGAUCUACAGUGAUGAUUUUGGGAUCACAUGGCACCAUGGCAGGCUCAUUCAGGACCUGGUGACAACGGAGUGCCAAGUAGCAGAGGUGACCAAGACAGGUGGUCACCCUGUGCUCUACUGUAGUGCCCGGACACCAAAUAGGUACCGGGCAGAGGCUCUCAGCAGUGAUUGUGGUGAACACUUUGAGGCACAGGCCCUGAGCAAACAGCUUUGUGAGCCCUCACAUGGCUGCCAAGGCAGUGUAGUGAGUUUCCAGCCUCUGGUGAUCCCAAAUAGAAGUCAGAACUUUAGUGACAAAAGUUCUCCCUCCAUUCAGCAGAGCCCUCCGCUGGACAGUUUAUUGAAACUGGAGGAAGUUGCUGGAACACCAUCAGAAACAUGGCUUUUGUACUCACAUCCAACCAGUAAGAAAAGGAGAGUUGACCUUGGCAUCUACCUCAACCAGAACCCCCUGGAGGCUGCCUCUUGGUCCCACCCCUGGAUCUUGCACAGUGGGCCCUCUGGCUACUCUGAUCUGGCUGCUGUGGGGGAAGAGGGCUUGUUUGGGUGUCUGUUUGAGUGUGGAACCAACCAGGUGUGUGAGCAAAUUGCCUUCUGCCUAUUUACAGACCAGGAGAUCCUGAGCUAUGUGCAGAAGGUGACCAGCCCUCAUAGGAACCUGUGCCAAUUCAAGACUAAAUAAUUAGCUGAGGGACCUAGCUUUCUAUAGAAGGGAGAGCAGAGGUUACUGAUGUCUAUAGAGAAUGCAAAAAAUUCAAUAUUUUGCUUCCUAACAAUUUUUCACUUCUCCUCCAAAGAGCAAAAUGAAAAUUUUGCCAUAGCUAUUGAAUCCUAAAGAUCACUGAACUGGGAGUUGGGAGACCAUGAUGUCAUUCUGGCUCUGCCACUGACCUGCUUUAGGACCUUGGACAUGUCACAGGAACUCUCUGGGCCUCAGGUCUCCCUCUAUAAAAUGAGAGGAGUGGUUCUGUGAUUUCUUGUCUUCCCAUUACUAGGAGAGGCAGAAUGUCUGCAUGCUCCAUGAUCAGCAAAUUCUGCUGCAUAAAGUACUCUGAUCUUCACAUGGAAAUCAGAAGAUUUCUGUUUUCAGUGACUCCUCAUAUAGAUAUGAGGUUAUGUACAGGUAUCAAGGCAAGAGCUGGAUAGUUUGUUCAUUUUUUAAUAACAAAACCACCUUUUGUCUUCUAAUCCUGCACUGAUCACUGCAUGCUCUCUAUCCAAGAGAAAUGAAACAAGUCAGUAGAAUCAUGAAGUCACUUACCUUCUCCAGCUUUGCAACUUUGCUCAACCUUCCCUCUUCACCUAGAAAGCAAAUUUCCUAGGGAGAAAAAUGAGAAGCUCAAUGCCAGCAGCCCUUGACAGUGGUGAUUAUUGCUUCUGAUCCCAGUACCUCUAUGGAAAAUGAUCCUAAAGUUCAUUUAACUAUUUAGGAUGGUCCCUGUUGGGAAAAAAAUAUAGGUUAGAACUUUAAAACAUUGGACAAGCUGGGCAUGGUAAUGCUUGCCUGUAAUCCAGCCACUUGGGAGGCUGAGGGAGGAGGAUCUCUUGAGUCUAGGAGUUCAAGGCCAGCCUGGGCAACAUAAAUGAGACUCUAUCUCUAAGACAAAUCUACAAGAAAAAUGGACAAAACUUCCCCUCCUUAGGAGCUGACAAUUUAUGGAGCUAGAAGAGGGAUAAAAUUUGAGGGAAAAAUGCUGCUGGUAGAUAGUUUGUAGAUGUUGGGCUAUAAGGUGGGGUGAUGGUAGCUCCUGAUGUCAUUGCGUUAGUUGCAUUUUCAGUAGACUUAGAGUCAUCUGUCCAAGCUGCUGGGUUUCCCCAAGUUUGUUUUACUCGGAAUGUUAUUAUAGCCCAGCUACUUCUUUACUCAUGGAAUUGGGCUUCAUCAUUAGGAAGGUCUUUGGACUCCCAGACCUCUGAAUUGGGACAAUAUGUUUGGAUGUACUAGAAUUAAACAUGUGAAGUAGGGAUGCCUUUCCAUCUGAUAGCUUUGAGGCUGAACUUAGCCAGUGCUGGGUUCUCAGAUGAUGACAGGUUGCUGUUGUGACAGGAAUUCUAUUGUGAAAGAUUUAUUUUUGUUGCUAUUAUUAUCCCUAUUUUAAGAACAUAGUGCCUUAAAUGAGUAUACUUAGAACUGGGUAAUGACUAUGGAGAGUAAGUUUUGUCAUAAAAUAUGGUGCCAGGCUAGGCUUGCAGUUACACCAGUCACAUGGAUAACAGUCCCACAGAAUGAAAAUAGAGAUUGACUCUACCUACUUCAGCAUAUUGUUUAAGACUGUGGCUUAAAGUGGUUUAAAAAUUCCCUUAGCCUCUCAUACUUUUGCCAAAAUAACUUUUCUAAACAAAGUUCUGGUCAUUCACCCACUCAUGUACACCUUUGUCUCAAUCUUUCUUGAGUGGCUAUGCAUAAUGUAGGGUACAUUCUGCUGCUCUUUCUAGAUUCAAAAUUGUGACUUACCAUUGAUUACUGAAGGAUGUGUACAUUUAGCCUCACAUAAAGGACCUUCCAGUUUUGGGGUAAAAGAAUGCAUAAAUACUUCCUUAUAUGAAGCCCAGUGUCAGAGAGGACUUGUGUAAAAUUAGCAAAUGAAGGGUGGUGGGGGUCUAGGAAUGGGCUGGAUUGGGGCACAGGGAAGGACUGGGGAAGAAGAGAGAAGUAAAAGAGCACUCCCCUCCUGAGAGGUAGAAACUCCAUGGUCAGCACAGCUUUCUUGAGCACUAUGCCCUAACUAGACAGGAAUAAGAAGGAUGGCUAAGUUUAUCAUGACAGAAAAAGGAUGAAAAGAAUGAGACUAUCAAGACUUCUUUAAGAUGAUCCAAGAAGGCAGUUGAGGAAGGGACCUUGGUUACAUGCAUGUGUGAGCCAGAGAUGUCUAAUACAGUACUUAUAAGUGACCCAUCGCUGUUGCCCUCUCUUAUUCUUUCCCCCUUGCCUCAUGUUUGUUUCUCAGUGACUAGCAGUGGAACUCUUGACUGGGAAAGAGCCUAUGUGUUUUUCUCAGGAGCUAUAAGAAAAGAGUUGGGACAUAGGAAAUCCAGACUGUGGACUAGAGGCAACAACAAGAGUGGGUGAUGGCAGCUAUGAUGAAGAGUAGAGCAGACAUGAGUCCUGGCACUUUUAGGAAGAGAGAGAACAUGGCACAGACAUGAGGCCAAGGCUAGAGAGAUGGUGGGUGAUUGCUGCUGUGACAAAGAAAUGACAAUAGGUUGGAGCUGUUCCCUGAAACCUAUGGGAAGGGAGAGAGACCUGCACAGGCCUGCAGCCUGGCCUGCUGAGGAGCUCAUCGCAACCCUGUACCUUUAAGCCAACUCAAUACGUCCAUCUUCCAAGUGACCAACAAUGACAGCUGUAGGCACUCCAGCUCUGUGCCAGUCACUCAAUACCUGCAUGGCCUGGGACCAAUGUUGAACUAUUGGUACCCUUACCGAGUCCAUUUUAACCACACUCAGGCUGAUGGUGUAGAAAAGUUAGGGAAGGUGGUAACAGGUGUGAAGAAUAAGAAAAAAACUGAAAAGGAGGCCUUUAUCUUUAGGUAUGAAUAGAGGACCAUGUAGGUUGUAGCCCUUUGUCCUCAGAAGUCCCCUACCCUGUCCUUUGGACUUUUAGAAUGGUUCCAUUCAGCACAUAAGGCCUACCACUGGAAGAACAGGGCAGCAUGGAGGGAGCCUCCCACCCAUUCAGACUGUUCAGCUCACUGGUCUCCCCUCAGAUGUGGCAUAGGUAAGAGACUUUUCACUUUUGUUUGUUGAGUGGGUCACCCUUCGGUUGUAGGAUUUGAUAACUCUGCUUUGGCCAGGUUCAGCUGCUUAGUCUUCUCCAGUAGGCUCCAUUUCUGUGCUACCUGAGCUCACAGACUGAGCCUCCCUUUGAUACUUUUCAUAGGCUGCUAUGUACCAUUAUCAGUGCUGUGCCCUCUUCAGCCUCUGUUAGGCUCAGGACUCCUUGAGAGCCACAUCUGUCUGACUUUUCUCUGUCCUUUUUACCUUGAAUCACAAUGAUUUAUCUAUAAAUAAAUGCUUUUUCUAUCACAUUCUGAAUUAUUGAAGGUAAGGACUGAUUUCCCUCUUUGUCCUCUGUAGCCAGCAUAGGGCCUAGAACAGAGUAGAGAGCAAGGAAGAUGCUGAAUGAGUGAAUGAGACAAAAACUCUUGGCCUUUUAGAGCUAAUUAAGGAGGCACAGAGAAGAUUUUGCAUCACUCUGUGGGUUUCACAGCAUUCAAAAUCUGCUGAACAUUCGUGCUAAGUAAGUGUUCUUUGUGCUGACCUGCUUUCCUGUUAGUCACAGUACUUUCCAGAAAUGGGCUUUUUUGUGGCCCUGCCUGGAUGUCCCAAGAACCAAAGACUGAGCCUAAAGCCAAACUAAAACGAAAGAGUUCUCAUUUCACUUGUGUUUCCCCUCUGUCCCUGGUGGGAUUCACUAUAACUGCCACUCCUUCAGUUGCCAAGGUUCAGCAUGGUCUGAGUGUAUCUUAGCUCUGUGAUGCCAACCACCAGAAAUACUCUGUGUGGCAUAAAAGCUACUAUCACUCUUGGAAUCAAGAAUAAUGAAUAAAGAGCUUAAUUCUGGUGA